GGGCUUGUGAAAAACAGCAAACGUUAUAAAAGUUUCUGAGAUUUUAGAAGCAGAUCCUCUCACACACAUUCAACUCUUCAGCCGUCAUGCGUUUUAUACUUCACAUUGUUUUACUGUGGGCUUCUCUGCUUCUCUGUGUUUGCUACGAUUCUCAAGAGAGUCGUGAGUCAUUUGAGGACGUGUUUGUGAAUCGAUAUCGAGCAAAUACUUUCAUGAAUGGCCCACGAGUCAGACUGUCCGACCAGUACCUCUACAGAAGAGUGAAAUCUCCAUCUGAGCGCAGGGCAGAGAUUUGUGAAGAUUACCCACCCUGUCGACUUUUUGCUCAUCGCUACGGUUUCCCGUUGGCCUAUCAAGCGUAUUUUGGUGGUCUGCAACUCAACGCUAACCAACAUCAGAGUUUCCCUCACCUUCGUCCAUACUGACACAUAACAUCAUUUAUUUUCAUGUGCUCUCUACAUAUUUACAUAUGAAGAUUCAUAAUGACAUUCAUUCAGAGCUGAAUUGACGUUUCUGUAUUUCUUGUGAUGUCACACAGUCUGUUUGUUAUAAUAGUUUUGCUGUUUUAUAUUGCGCAUUUGUUACCCAAAUAUAACUUUCACAAUUAAACUACUGGACACCUUUCAU